AUGACCGCCUUCAUCCGCCAAGAAGCCCUCGAGAAAGCCCGCGAAAUCCAACUCAAAGCUGACGAGGAAUUCGCCAUCGAGAAAUCCAAACUUGUCCGUCAAGAGACUGCCGCUAUCGACCUGCUCUAUGAAAAGAAGUUCAAACAGGCCGCGAUGUCCCAGCAAAUCACCCGCUCCACCCUCGCCAAUAGGACCCGUCUUCGCGUCCUCACGGCCCGCCAAGCAUUGCUCGAUGAGCUGUUUGACCAGGCCAGGGAGCAGUUAGCGAAUGCGGCUACAAAUGCGAAGGGGAUCAGGGGGAGUGGUGGAGACGGGUAUCAGGCUACGUUGAAGGGCCUGGUGUUGGAGGGGUUGUAUGCCUUGAAUGAGAAAAAGGUGGAGGUUAGGGCGCGAAAGAAAGAUUGCGGAAUUGUUAAGAAAGCGAUUGAAGAUGCGAAGAGGGAAUUUAAAGAUCAAGCCGGCAAAGAGGUUGCGGUCGACCUUCUGGAGAAUGAUCCGCUGCCUGAGGAAUCAGCCGGAGGCGUCUUCAUCGUUGGCACGGCGGGCAAAAUUGACAUCAACAACACCUUUGAAGAAAGGCUGCGGUUGCUUGAAAUCGAUGCCCUUCCUUCUGUUCGAGAAACGCUGUUCGGCGAGAAUAAGAACCGCAAAUUCUAUGAUUAA